AUGAAGACCACCUAUUCGCUGAUUGGCCUCAGACGGUGGUCAUGCAAAAGCAAGGAACUACCUCUUGGACCUACAAUCAAGGCUAUUCACGUCUACGACUUUGACAACACUCUCUUCAACAGUCCCUUACCUAACCCCCAGAUAUGGGCGCAACCUACGGUCAGCCUACUUCAGACAUACGAGACUCUCGCAUAUGGAGGAUGGUGGCAUGACAGCAGCAUCCUUGCAGCCACAGGAGACGGGCUUGAGACCGAAGAACCCCGCGCAUGGGAGGGUCACUGGAACGAAACUGUGGUCGAACUUGUCGAUCUGAGCAGCCAAACCAAGGAUGUCCUCACGGUUUUGCUCACCGGGAGAGGAGAGACGUAUUUCGCGGAUCUGGUCAACAGGAUUUGCAACUCGAGGAAACUCGACUUCGACAUGGUCGUGCUAAAACCGGAAGUGGGCCCGUCCAGCCAGCAAUUCGAGAGCACUAUGGCUUUUAAGCAGGAAUUCCUCAAAGAGUUGGUCUUUACGUAUAAGAAUGCGGACGAGAUCCGGGUCUACGAGGAUCGCGCCAGACACGUCAAAGGGUUUAGGGAUUACUUUGAGCGUUUGAACAAAUCAUUCCUGUCGCACCCAGUCGACCAGCCGCCCCCACCUCGGAAGCCCAUCACUGCUGAAGUGAUCCACGUCUGUGAGUUGAAGUCUACACUUAACCCAGAGGCCGAAGUCGAGGUCGUCCAGCGAUGUGUCGCUCGCCAUAAUGAGGCAAUCUCUAAUGGGAGCCCAACUCUGACCAAGACUGUCCGCAAGCACCUGAAGAUCGACCAGCAGUUUUGCUACUUUGGCUACAUGAUCAACCAAACCGACUCUGCUCGCCUCUUGACACUGUUCAAUAUCUCACCUGGUAUGAUUGAUUCUGGUGAAGUUCGUCUUUUUGCCUCGAGUAUCCUCAUUACGCCUUAUUAUCCUCGGAACGACAUUCUCAAGAAGGUUGGCGGACGCGGGAAAAAAGUCACUUGGCAGGUUACCGGCAUCGCCAAGUUUGAAGACCGUAUUUGGGCUGCUCGUGUUGCACCGGUAUCAGAUACACAAAUAUACACGCAAGAUCCCACACCCCUUGUUGUCCUUGCCGUCCGAAAGGGGUCCAGGCAGAUCGACGCGGCGAGAAUACCUUCCUGGCAAUCCGUCCCUCCGGACAGGGCAUUCAUGUUCGAAACCACAGUAGCUGACAAGGUCAUGUUGAAAAUCGAAGACGAUCACCCCCGAAGUCAACGAUGGCCAGGAGGAAACCGGAGGGGUCAUUUUGGCAAUGAUGCUGAGACUGGACAUAAGCGCAAAUAUGCACCAGACGAACAGAACUCGCGGAACAGAGAUUCGUAUGCGCGGGUCGCGGCUGGAAGCGACAGAGAUGAUGGUGGUUACCGAGGAGGGAGGUUUGCACAACGUAACCAGCAAAGUAAGGCUAACUUCAACAAUCGCAACAAUCCAAACCUACCCGGAGGGAGAGGUAACAAUCCAGGCGCAAAUGUUGGCACCAGACAGCGUGGUGGCGGCCAAGGUGCGGGUGGGCAAAACAGAGGGCGAAACAGCGGUCCUGCUGGUGGAGGUGGCGGUCGAGGAGCACCGGCAUAUAAGAGCCUCGACGACUAUCCACCAGGAAACUUUGAUGGGGCCAACGAUCCGAAGACUGGGUCGGGCGAAAUGGUCAUGAACUAUUAG